AUGCCCGAGAUGGCAAGCACUCGCCGUAAACACCGUGACUCUCCCACAGCCAAGGCUCAUCGAGAACAACUAGGACGGUGUGGAAAGUGCAAGAAACAAUUCAAAUGUGCAGAAGCUCAUCAAUGCAAUGAACAGUUCAUUUCGAUUGACGGUCUAAUGCAAGAUGCACGGAACCGUAUUCCGAAGUCACCCACACGACAAGCAGGAGAGUCCGACCGACAACGAAGCUCAAUGUGUCACAUUUUGAACGAGGAGAUGGGAGACGGGGUGUUUCGCGAGUAUGUCAUUCUGCCGGCGACGGCCAGCUCUCUCCUAAAUGUCGGUGCAGUGGGAAGACAUUACGGUGGUCGUAUUUACAUUAAGGGAGUGAACAGGUUGAUCGAACCAAAAUACGCCAAGCUGCCUCAAAUCCGUCAGCAGAUCCCGCGAAUUGGGAAGGAGCGCACCCGAGUGACGGUCAGAUUGAUGAGCAUGAAUGAAGAUCGCGCCAGCCAUCUGCUCGCAGCGAACCAAUCUUAG